AUGCAAUUUUUCCGCGGCAAGAACAAAAAGGACAGCAACAACAACAACAGCAACAACAUCGACGACGACGAGGGGGAAGGGCAACAAAGCGACAAUAAUAAUACCAAAAUGCAAGAAAGUGACCUGCUCAGCGAGCUAGACCAACUUGCUAGCGAACCAACCACCAGCGCCGAAUUCUCGGACGAUCCACAGCACGCGACGACGACAGCGCCAGCCGCGGGAAGCGGCACUGUCAUGGACGUGAUUGUCGCGGGUGUCACUUCCAACUUGAGUGGUGGAUCUUCUUCCGCCGCGGCGGGUGCUGCGAGUGGCGGAGUAGAGAGUCUCAAGAUGCUCGACAGCGACGACGGGGCGGAUAUGGACAUUUUUGAUGAUGACGACGAUGAUUACGGUGGAGGAAGAGAGGAUUUUGCCGAAAAGAGUCCCAGCAGUUGGGUGGGAGGUGGACCCAAAAAACAAGUAUCACCCGCACUCAGAGAAGAAAUCAAAGAUCUACUCAGUACUCCACUCACUAUCCCCACACUCGUACAGCCACAACACAAACGAGACGAAUUUGGAACAAGUGACGACGAUCACGACGAUGAUGAUGACGACGAUGCGGAAGGAGAGGAGGAUAAAUCUUCCGAAAGUGGGGAAGAUUAUACGGACGAUGAAGACGAAGGGGAGAGUGGUUACAAGCCUGGAGGCUAUCACCCUGUUAAUGUUGGAGAUGUCUUUAAUCAAGGUCGCUAUGUUGUCAUUAAGAAGCUUGGCUGGGGUCACUUCUCAACUGUGUGGAUGGUCAAGGAUAGGAAGGCUCAGGCUGCCGGGAAGGGUACACAUUUCUACGCUCUCAAGGUCCAAAAGUCUGCAGAGCACUACACCGAAGCGGCCAUGGAUGAAGUUGAGCUCUUGGACUGCAUCGCGCAAAAGCGAAAACACGAAGCGACACUCCUGGGAAACCCAAGUACCGACGAAGAGGGCGUCACCGCUGUUCAAAUGGUCGACCACGCCAAGUUCUCUGCCACUCUACACGAUUCCUUCUUCCACACGGGACCAAAUGGACGACACAUGUGCAUGGUAUUCUCCAUGUUGGGCUGCAAUCUACUUAGCGUCAUUAAAGCGUUCAACUACCGCGGGAUCCCCAUCGAAGUCGUCAAACGAAUGAUACAGGGAGUCUGCAAAGGACUCGAUUUUCUUCAUCGUCGAUGCAAAAUUAUUCACACCGAUUUAAAACCCGAGAAUGUCCUCCUGCAAUUCCCAGAUCAAUUCGAUGACGAUGAUGAAGUCGGAGCAUCUGGCAUGGCAUCAUUGUCCAUAGAAGACGAGGAAGGCAAACUGCAUGGCGUCGAGAAGUCAAUUCAGGAGCUCGAGGCUGCUCUCCAAGAUCCGACGCUUCCAGCAGACGAACGAAAGAAAAUAAAAAAGCGCCUUAAGCGUAAACGCCAAAAAGAGAAGAAAAGAGCUGCUGGAAAGGCCGCCAACAAUGACGAAGACGAUGAUGAUGACGACGAUCAAAUGGACGAAUCCGAUGAUUCGGAGGAUUCUCCAGAUGAAGCAGCUGAAACUGCGUCUCCGACGUCGCCCCUUCUCAGCGCGUUUACCGAUCUGACCAUGGAGAAGAUUAUCAGCAGUGCGUCUGCCAUGAUGGCUCCGUUGAGUGGAGACGCGACCGAGUCUCCAGCCGAAUCUCACAGUCGAGUAAAAAGAAGGCUGAAUCACAGCCCUUUUGUACUCUGCAACUUUGGGCCUCAUGUGUCGGAACUAGAUGCCAAAUUGGUUCAGAUCAUGCGGGAUUCGGUCAAAAUGUCGUCAGCGAGCGCCGAAGAUAUGAAGAGUCGACUCGUCGACGCAGAAAAGCUCGGUGGUGUAGCUGAAGUUAGUUUCAUGCUGAGGGCCUUCGCGGCAGAAGAGGAGUUGGCUGAUGCCAUUACAAUUGCACUAGGCGGUGUUACUUGGGAUGGUGGUUCUCGUGACGAUGUCGAUCGAGUUUGGAGAUGCAAGAUAUCGAUCCCCACAGCUGUCGUAGAGAAUCCAGCAGAAGCAGCCUCCGCUUCUAGCGCUUCUGUCGCAACCUACUUUGAAAUCGGUCAGAAGACCAGAACGCUCACCUCGGCCGGGGAAAAACAAGAUCUGUCGGAGCUCGCAAUGCUAGUGGGCGCUAAUCUUACGGACGAAAGCGACGACAAUGCCGAACUACCCGAUGCACCGGGUUCCCCAUCCGCGAGCAAAUCCCCACCCUUUUCUCUUUUCAAGGUCAAAUUCCCUAUUAAUGCUACCCAGGUUGUGUUGAGCUUGUUGGAAAGUCGGCUACCUGGUCUUGCAUUCUUGACGUAUAGACGAGACGAAGGGAUCCCGCAACUGGACAAUAUAUUGUUCGGUUCUCGAGCAAAGGCCAUCUGUAACCAUUCACUUGCCAUGAGGAUCAAGGAUGCACCUUUGAAUCCACUGUGUUCGAUGGCAACCGCCUUGGUGGGUUUCGACUUGAGACUGGUUAAAGAUUUCGGUGCGUCCCGAGGUGAUGGCGUUGCCGCUUUUGACCUGAACGACCUUUCCAACGAGAAAGUUUUGAGCUGGUGGAGGGCUCGGAAUCCCUUGAAGGAUCGGCUAAAAGCCUUCACUGGAACGGACCCUUCCCCAGAGAUGUUUACUGUUAGUGCACCGGAGGAUCAGAGAGAAUCCAGGAAGACGACCCCGGUUGUUGAUCAAACUUUUGUGGAGGGCGGCAAGAAGCUGAUGGCCAGUGAAUCAUCCACUGAGCCGUCGUCGUCGAGAGAACCAUCCCAGAGCAGUUCCGUUGCUAGACACUCGUCUCGCCAGCCCGAUCUGCGAGACAAGGACAUGCUGAUGACUUGUCGAGCUGUGAUUGUUGAUUUGGGAAACGCUUGCUGGACUCAUAGACAUUUUAGUGAAGACAUCCAAACAAGGCAAUAUCGUGCACCUGAAGUUCUUAUUGGAGCAAAAUACGAUACAUCGGCUGACAUUUGGUCGUUGGGUUGUAUGACGUUUGAGCUGCUGACUGGCGACCUUUUGUUUGACCCCCGGGCAGGCGAAGAUUACGAUCGUGAUGAGGAUCACUUGGCCAUGUUCCAAGAGCUCUUGGGCAAGAUGCCCAAACGACUUGCAGUGGAAGGGAAGUACUCAAAGAAUUUCUUCGACAAGAAAGGAAAUCUGAAGCACAUCAAACAUUUGAAGUUCUGGCCCAUCCAAGAUGUCCUGGUGGAGAAGUAUCACUUCUCGGAAGUGGACGCCCACGCCGUUGCUGAUUUCAUGACUCCUCUGCUAGACUUCGAUCCAAACACUAGAGCAACGGCGCUGGAAGCACUGCGGAGCCCCUGGCUGAAGGACACGUGA